AUGGAUUCUUUGAUUUACGGUCGAGAUUCUAUUGGUAUUAAGGACGUCAAAGAGAACUUAUUGAAUAAGGAGAAGAUUGACAAAGAGUUAACCAUAAGUGAAAAUGGUGAUAAAGCUGAUGGCUUGUUUGUUCGAGGAAGAUCGAAAGAAAAGGGUUUUGGAGGUAACAGGACUGGUUCAUCACUUAUGAAGCUAUUGGAUGGUGGAGUUGUUCUUAUAUGGAACAACGCCUCAUGCAAGACUGUUGGGAAAGGAACAAUUCGGAUUAAGAUGCAUGAUGGAGUCAUCAGGACUUUGACAUAUGUUAGGCAUAUUUCAGGUAAAGGUGAAGUUCUUAGGGUUACAAAAGGCUCUCUUGUGGUUAUGAAAGGAAAAAAAGAUCGACAACUUUGGAAGUCUUUGAUUGAGAAACAGAUUGGGAGGCUGAUUAAGAGGCUUAGAACUGAUAAUGACAUUGAGCUUUGUGGAGAAGAAUUUAAUGAGUUCUGCAAGAAGGAGGGAAUCGUUAGACAUCGUACAAUCCCUCACACACCACAACAGAAUGGAGAGGCAGAACAUAUGAACAGAACUCUAUUAGAAAAAGCACGUUGUAUGAUGUUCAAUGUAGAUUUAGGUAAGAAAUACUGGGCGGAAGCAGUGAAUACGACUUGUUACUAG